CCCACCAUUAAACCCAGUUAGUCUCGAUCGCAUUUUAACAUUUUCUCACUGGGAAUGAACCCAUUUGAAUGCCAAGUUACCAGCUCUUUCUCUGUAGAGUCUUCGUCGUCAUCAUCAUUCUCAUCCUCAACACGUGCACCAGGUAGUUCGUCGCAAACCCAUGAAGCAGGAAGCAGCAGCCAGAAGCGCAAAGCUGGGAGGAAGAAGUUCAAGGAGACCCGACACCCAUUGUACAAAGGCGUUCGACAAAGGAACGGCAAGUGGGUGUGCGAACUGCGGCAGCCUCGCAAAAGGAAUCGAAUAUGGCUGGGGACUUUCCCUUGCCCGGACAUGGCUGCUAGGGCAUAUGAUGUAGCUGCUUUGGCUAUUAAGGGAGACUCUGCUUCCCUCAAUUUCCCUGAAUCCGUGAGUCAGUUGCCUCGUGCAGCGUCAUCUUCUAUAGAGGACAUACGAUCUGCAGCUCUAAAAGCUGCUCAAACAUUUGAAGCUACGGAGAAGGAGAAGGAGAAAGAAAGGGAAGACGAAGAUUCAGACCCUUGCAGCCAACUAUUUGUGGAUGAGGAGGCUUUGUUUAAUAUGCCGACUCUACUGGACAGCAUGGCGGAAGGCUUGAUCCUUACGCCGCUGGCACUGAAGAAAGGGUUCAAUUGGAACAGCAUUAAAGACGCGGAAGACUUCACUCUCUGGACUGACUAAUCUCCUACUCCUCCCACUCCCGUUGCAUAAAAAUGGAAAGGAAAAAAGAAAAGAAAAGAAAAAUGUAGAAUUUGGUGGACUCAUUUCUUCACCUCCAGUGAUGACCAAUUGUCUGACAUUUUCCGGCCAUCCAGCUCAU